UUCCUUAUUUUGCUACUACUUUUAUCAUUCACUCAUCUGUUCAAAUCAUCUUAUUUUUAAAUUUUAAGUACUAUUAUUUAUUUAUAUAAAUAUAUUUUUUUUCUUAUUUUACUUGAUAUUUUCUGAAUCAAAUGAAUAUAAUAUAAUAAUACAUUUUGAAAUAUAAAAUUCACUAUGUCUUAGGAUUUGGUUGCUUCCCUCCCACUAAGCAAAAUUGCAACUUCACGACUGAUUCCUUCUUCCCUUUCUCUAAAAAAUUGUCUUUCCUUACUUGAUCCAAUCGAUCUUUUGUUUAAUCAUUUCCCGAAGACACAAUCUCGAGAUUGAUUUCUUUCUUUCUCUCGGUGUUUUAUUUUGGUCCACGCGCCCACAUGCGUCUUUCUCGUGUCUGAUCUGGAUUUAGAUCACAAGAAUCUCUCUCUCCUUCUCCUUCUCUCCUAUGAACACAAAAAAGAAAAAAACAAUACAGAAGACACGAAGCUUUAGAGUGGACAAUGCUUCAAGCUACGGAGUAAGACGUGAUUCUCUUUCUUGCGAAGCAAGUUAAAAGCGUUGAGGCUUUUGAUCUGAAAAUGGAAGGCAUUGAUGUUUCCAAGUACACACACAGCCCCGUGCACCGAGCCGUUGCUUCAAGAGACCACGCGACUCUCAGAUCAAUCCUCUCUUCCCUCCCAAAGCCACGAGACCCUUCCGAGAUCCAAUCAGAAUCAGACUCCUUAUCCGAGGAAGCUACUUCCGACGCCAUCUCCUCGGUUAUCGACCGAAGAGACGUGCCACGCCGCGACACGCCGCUUCAUUUAGCGGUGAAGCUCUGUGAUGCAACAUCAGCCGAGAUGCUGAUGGUUGCCGGAGCUGACUGGACUCUGCAGAACGAAGAUGGCUGGAACGCGUUGCAAGAAGCUGUCUGCAGCAGACAAGAGUCUAUCGCCAUGAUCAUCGUGCGUCAUUACCAGCCUCUAGCGUGGGCUAAAUGGUGCAGGAGGCUGCCUCGUUUGGUAGCGACGAUGAGGAAGAUGAAAGACUUUUACUUGGAGAUGAGUUUUCACUUUGAGAGCUCCGUUGUGCCUUUUGUCUCAAAGGUCGCUCCUUCUGAUACUUACAAGGUGUGGAAAGUGGGGUCUAAUCUGAGAGCGGAUAUGACUAUGGCUGGCUUCGACGGUUUCAAGAUCCAGAGGUCUGAUCAGAGUAUACUGUUUCUUGGCGAUGGGUCUGAAGAUGGGAAAGUACCUCGUGGUUCGCUUUACAUGGUGAAUCAUAAGGAUAAAGAAGUGAUGAAUGCGUUGGACGGUGCGUCUAGCGUUGCCUCGGAUGAAGAUGUGAAGAAAGAAGUGGCUGCGAUGUGUAGGAGCAAUAUCUUUAGACCGGGGAUCGAUGUGACGCAAGCGGUUUUAAACCCGCAGACGAAUUGGAGGAGGCAGGAGAAGAGUGAGAUGGUUGGUCCUUGGAGAGCUAAGGUCUAUGAGAUGAACAAUGUGGUUGUUAGUAUCAAGUCUAGAAAAGUUCCUGGCUCAUCGGGUGAUAAAGAGAACGGUGGUGGUGGUGGUGGUGAUGAUGAGCUCUGCGAUGUGCUAACGGAUGAAGAGCAGAAGCAGCUAGAGGCUGCUCUUAAGCUGGACUUACCAGAGUUCCCAAAUGUGGAUAGUGAGAAUGGUUUUGUAGAGACUCCUUGUGUGGAUUCUAGUCCGUCUCACAAGAAACAGGAGAAGAAAGGGUGGUUAGGUGGUUGGAGAAAGAAAGAGGCGACAAUGAUUAAGCAGGAGAAGGAGAUUAAGUACGCGCCUCCGAGAAGCUCUCUUUGUGUGAAUGAGAAGGUAAGCAAUCUUCUAGGAGACACUAAUCAGAUAAAGCCAGGAAGACACUCGGUAGAUAAUGAUCAUAUCAGGAAGCCAAGAGUGUCUAGUAAGAGUCACCAAGAGAGCGAAUACAAGAAAGGUUUGCGUCCUGUGCUCUGGCUAUCUACAAACUUCCCGUUACAGACAGAAGAGCUGCUUCCUUUGCUUGACAUACUCGCAAACAAAGUCAAGGCUAUUCGGCGUCUCAGGGAGCUUCUUACCACAAAGCUUCCCGCAGGAACGUUUCCAGUAAAGGUUGCUAUUCCAGUGGUACCGACGAUAAAAGUGCUAGUUACGUUCACAAAGUUUGAAGAAGUUGAUCCUGCAGAUGAGUUUAAGACGCCUCCCUCAAGUCCUACUGCUACUUGUGGCUAUGAGAGUCCAGCUGACUUCACCAACAACGCAUCAUCGUCUUCUUGGUUUCGUCGAGCUAGGUCAAACAAAGAUGGUUCUAGCAAAAAGCCUCAAACUUUGCAAGACCCAUUUGCUAUCCCGGCAGGCUAUACGUGGGUCAGUGGUGAAUCAAAGAAAAAGAAACCAGAUACACAGAAAGUCAAAAAGGGUAAAAAGACAGAGCAAGUUAGCUAAAAUCACUUUAAUACUAACCUACUACUACACAGAUUGAUUGGUCAUGAAAAGACAUUGAAGAAAGAGUUAUGCUUUUUGGGUUUUGAAGCGACACUCUCACUUGCAGUCUGAAAAGAGAAAGGCAAUAUAACAAAACACUGAUGGUGAUGCGAUUUGAUUCUUUUGUAACAUAACAAUUUGCUAUGAGUUUGGUUUCUUUUCGA